AUGGAGGACCAUGGCCAGUUGAUGGGCCUCCAAAAUGUCGACCUUCCACCCGAGAUCGUGUAUGAAAUUAUUUCAAGGCUACCAGUGAAGCCCUUGUCUCGCCUCAAGUGUGUAUCAAAGCCAUGGCGGUCCCUAAUCUCCCAUCCUGAUUUCGUUGCAAAGUACUCCAAAGCUGUUGAGAAUAAGGAUGUAUUCUUCCAAAGACGGCGCCUCCUGUUUACUUUUGCUGCCCCCGGACAUCAUUGGCUUUACUCUUUGGAUCUUAACCAGUUUCUCAAUGAGAAUCAUAAUGUUGAUGUUGAUAGUUUAGUAGCAGCACCCACUGAGCUCGACUUUGUUUACAAUCAUCUUCCAAAUGGUGGACGGGGUUGGGUUCCCUUUGUCCAUUAUUCCUGCCAUGGCUUGUUCUUGUCCAAGUUAUGUUCUGGGGACUUCAGUUUCAGUUUGAUCAACCCUGUAACCAAGGAAUCAAAGACACUAUUAAAGGCACCAAUAUGGAGACUACCAAUGAAGCCCUAUUUUUGGCACUUAUAUGGACUUGGAUUUGAUUACUCCACCAAUGAAUACAAGGUAAUUAACGGGCAGGUUUAUUGUGAUGGAAUUAUUUUCAGUGUCUAUACAUUGGAGACUGAUUCUUGGCGACAGAUUGAGUGCUUAUUUCCCUACAAAGCUAAAGGUUAUGAUGGGAUCCUGGUGAAUGGUGCUGUUCAUUGGUUGGUGAGGAAGGUUGCAGAUCGAUCAUUAGUGAUUAUAUCUUUCCUUUUAACAGAGGAGCAGGUUAGAGAAAUUCCACUCCCGCCCAUUCCCAGUACUCAUUCAAGUCAACUGACGGUAUUCAGAAAUUGGCUAUGUAUAACAUCAGUAUCAACACGGACUGAAGGAGUAACAUUUAAUGAGUUAUGGGUCAUGAAGGAAUAUGGAGUGAGGGAGUCUUGGACUAAAAUGCAGGUCUGCAAACCAUAUCGCAAAUUAUCACAUUCCGGUUUCUGGACAGAAUCUCAUGAUCUGAUGGUUUUUGAUAGGUCAUCAUUAGUUAUGUACAACUUUGAUGAUGGAACAUUUUGGAAUCUAUCAAUUGGUUGUCUUAGCGAAUUAGAUGGUGGUUUUGGUAGCGUUGGUAUCUAUGUGGAGAGCCUCCUACCUUCACUCACCGAUCAAGAACAGCGUAAGAGGAUUAAAGAAGAUGAAUCCACUCAGUGA